CAAAAUACCGUCGCUAAUAUUUCACAAUCAUAAGUGCCGCUGGACGGCAAUAUUCGUGUUACUUUGGAGGAAAAUAUUUGGAAAAAAAGAGUUAACCAAACACCACAGACAUGAGACUAGCGGUUGCCCUGAUCAGUGGCAUGUUGCUGGUGGUAUCCGGGGUUUCCGGUCAAGCUUGCACUACUGACGCGGAUUGUGGAGAUCCCGGAAUGAGUUGCUCAGCCAAUGCCUGCAUUCCUCUAUCAACCGGACAACCUGGAUGCGCUACGGACGAGGAUUGUGGAUAUCCCGCCUCCGGAAUGGUUUGCGACAUGGGCGCUUGUAAUUAUCAAACAUCAAACCAAACUGGAACAUUCUGCAACUCUCCCGAGGAGUGUGGUGAUCCCGGAAUGAUUUGCAAUAACAACAUAUGCAUGUACCCAGAGUACGGAUCGGGUUCUUAUGCAACAUGUAUGCCUUGCUCGACCAACGAUGAAUGCAGCUGGGAAAUGACCUGUAACAAUGGCGAAUGUGUUUGCAUAUCUGGACUGUUCAAUGGAACAGACUGCACGGAAGACAGAAGUACAAAUGACAUAUAUUGCACUGAUGACAGCACAUGCUACAUCCCGGAAUCAUAUUGUGAUAUGAACCUAUUGAUGUGUGUCUGUCCUCCCACACACAGAUUUGACCAAUCAAUUUUCAUGUGUUUUCCACGUGGUCCUGGGGACAUCUGCAACUAUACAAUGAACUGUUCGGCGUAUUCUGAAGGUGCAAUAUGCAAUACCCACAGUUGUCCAUCCGUCUGUGAGCCGACCGGCGACGUUUAUGACAAUAAAUGUUGGGUGCACUGUACCAAUAACAGCGAGUGUAAUCUUCCCGGUAUGCAUUGCGACCAGCAGAUCUACUUGUGUACAUGCGAGAAUGGAAUGAUAUUCGAUGGACAUGAAUGCCGUGAUGAUAGAUUCCACGAUUCCAACAUAACAGUUUGUACUUAUAAUACCGACUGUACAAUAACCAACAUGGAAUGCGACAUAACUCUGGGGAUAUGUGUAUGCUCAACGCCCUUUCCGGUUUUCGACGAGGUCACACUGAAAUGUAGGAAGCGUGAACAAGGCGACCUGUGUAGAAUGCCGGAGGAUUGUGAUGAUGUUGGUGGAGGCAUGGGGUGGUGUGAUAAUGCUGCAUGCCCGGCAACGUGCGAAGUGUAUGACGACUACGGAGGCAACGAUUGUGCAUACUAUUGUUACAACGACUCUAUGUGUGAGCUACCCCAUACACUCUGCGACAUGAACGCCUUACAAUGCAGAUGUGAACAACCACGUAUAUUUGAUGGGAGUAGUUGCAUUGACCAAAGAACUGUACCCGGUUCCGCCUGUUCAACAAGUGACUGCCAAUUACAAGCCCCAGGAUCCGUAUGUUUAGUGGAAUCUUGUGUUUGCAACCGGUCCGCUAUUUUCGAUGCCAUGUCAGCCUCUUGUGUCUCGAAACAGCCCGGCGACCUCUGUGAGACUUACGGCGACUGCAAUGGCACCAAUGGGGCCUAUUGUGACACGACAAUGUGUCCACCUGUCUGUAGGUCGUAUAAUGAGACCUUUGAACAUGGAUCCGGAUCCGGACAAAACUGUGCUACCAACAUGGACUGCCAAUCUGAAAUGAUUUGUUUCUUCAAUCAAUGCAUAUACAAUGAUACGGGGCCAUGGGACAAUGAAGGUUCCGGAUAUGCGUGUAUGCCUUGCUCGACCAACGAUGAAUGCAGCUGGCAAAUGAACUGUAACAAUGGCGAAUGUGUUUGCAUAUCUGGACUGUUCAAUGGAACAGACUGCGCUGAUGACAGAAGUACAACUGACGGAUAUUGCACUGAUGACACCACAUGCUACGUCCCGGACUCUUAUUGUGAUUGGAACCUAUGGAUGUGUGUCUGUCCUCCCACACACAGAUUUGACCAAUCAACUUCAAUGUGCAUUCCACGUGGUCCUGGGGACAUCUGCAACUAUACAAUGAACUGUUCGGAAUAUUCUGAAGGUGCAGUAUGCAAUACCCACAGUUGUCCAUCCGUCUGUGAGCCGACCGGCGGCGUUUAUGACAAUACAUGUUGGGUGCACUGUACCAAUAACAGCGAGUGUAAUCUUCCCGGUAUGCAUUGCGACCAGCAGAUCUACUUGUGUACAUGCGAGAAUGGAAUGAUAUUCGAUGGACAUGAAUGCCGUGAUAAUAGAUUCCACGAUUCCAACAUAACAGUUUGUACUUAUAAUACCGACUGUACAAUAACCAACAUGGAAUGCGACAUAACUCUGGGGAUAUGUGUAUGCUCAACGCCCUUUCCGGUUUUCGACGAGGUCACACUGAAAUGUAGGAAGCGUGAACAAGGCGACCUGUGUAGAAUGCCGGAGGAUUGUGAUGAUGUUGGUGGAGGCAUGGGGUGGUGUGAUAAUGCUGCAUGCCCGGCAACGUGCGAAGUGUAUGACGACUACGGAGGCAACGAUUGUGCAUACCAUUGUUACAACGACUCUAUGUGUGAGCUACCCCAUACACUCUGCGACAUGAACGCCUUACAAUGCAGAUGUGAACAACCACGUAUAUUUGAUGGGAGUAGUUGCAUUGACCAAAGAACUGUACCCGGUUCCGCCUGUUCAACAAGUGACUGCCAAUUACAAGCCCCAGGAUCCGUAUGUUUAGUGGAAUCUUGUGUUUGCAACCGGUCCGCUAUUUUCGAUGCCAUGUCAGCCUCUUGUGUCUCGAAACAACCCGGCGACCUCUGUGAGUCUUACGGCGACUGCAAUGGCACCAAUGGGGCCUAUUGUGACACGACAAUGUGUCCACCUGUCUGCAGGUCGUAUAAUGAGACCUUUGAAAAUGGAUCCGGAUCCGGACAAAACUGUACUACCUACAUGGACUGUGACGGUCCUGAUAUGAUUUGUUCCUUCAAUCAAUGCGUGUACAAUCUUUCGUGGUCCGGGAACGGAACGGUUUUUGAUGACACAUGUUACGUGUAUUGUGACGAUGAAAACCCGUGUGAUCCUGAAAUGUAUUGCGACCCGCAGUCCUCCAUGUGUAAAUGCCAGCAUGGAAUGGUGUUCGAUGGAAAUAUGUGUCUUGAUGAUCGAUUCCACGAUUCCAUCAAAACAUAUUGUGCUGAUAAUAUCGACUGUACAAUAACCAACAUGGAGUGCAAUCAAAUACUGGGAAUAUGUAUAUGCUCAACGUUGUUUCCGGUUUUCGACGAGGUCACAAUGAAAUGCAGGAAGCGUGAACAAGGCGACCUAUGUUUGGUGCACGAGGAGUGUGAGGAUAUUAAUGGAGGAAUGGGAUGGUGUGAUGAUUCUGUAUGCCCGGCAAUGUGCGAAGUUGACUACGGAGGCAACGAUUGUGCAUACCAUUGUUACAACGACUCUAUGUGCGAGCUACCCCAUACAUUCUGCGACAUGAACGUCUCACAAUGCAGAUGUGAACAACCACGUAUAUUCAAUGGGAGUAGUUGCAUUGACCAAAGAACUGUACCCGGUUCCGCCUGCUCAAUAGGUGACUGCCAAGCACAAGCCCCAGGAUCCGUAUGUUUAGUGGAAUCUUGUGUUUGCAACCGCUCCACCAUUUACGAUGCCAUGUUAGGCUCUUGUGUCUCGAAAAAGCUCGGCGACCUCUGUGAGACUUACGGCGACUGCAAUGGCACCAAUGGGGCCUAUUGUGACACGACAAUGUGUCCACCUGUCUGCAGGUCGUAUAAUGAGACCUUUGAAAAUGGAUCCGGAUCCGGACAAAACUGUACUACCUACAUGGACUGUGACGGCCCUGAUAUGAUUUGUUCCUUCAAUCAAUGCAUAUACAAUGGUACAGGGCCAUGGGACUACGAAGGUUCCGGAUAUGCGUCGUGUGAAGUGGAUGAGGAUUGCGGAGUGCCGGGAAUGUGUUUAAAUGGAACGUGUAAAUUUCCUUGUGCAUCCAACGAAGACUGUUCAGGAAUGAUGAUGGUUUGCGAUAUGGCAAUGGGACAAUGUAUACACAAUGAUACAGGGCCAUGGGACUACGAAGGUUCCGGAUAUGCGUCGUGUGAAGUGGACGAGGAUUGCGGAGUGCCGGGAAUGUGUUUAAAUGGAACGUGUAAAUUUCCUUGUGCAUCCAACGAAGACUGUUCAGGAAUGAUGAUGGUUUGCGAUAUGGCAAUGGGACAAUGUAUACACAAUGAUACGGGGCCAUGGGACUACGAAGGUUCCGGAUAUGCGUCGUGUGAAGUGGACGAGGAUUGCGGAGUGCCGGGAAUGUGUUUAAAUGGAACGUGUAAAUUUCCUUGUGCAUCCAACGAAGACUGUUCAGGAAUGAUGAUGGUUUGCGAUAUGGCAAUGGGACAAUGUAUACACAAUGAUACAGGGCCAUGGGACUACGAAGGUUCCGGAUAUGCGUCGUGUGAAGUGGACGAGGAUUGCGGAGUGCCGGGAAUGUGUUUAAAUGGAACGUGUAAAUUUCCUUGUGCAUCCAACGAAGACUGUUCAGGAAUGAUGAUGGUUUGCGAUAUGGCAAUGGGACAAUGUAUACACAAUGAUACAGGGCCUUGGGACUACGAAGGUUCCGGAUAUGCGUCGUGUGAAGUGGAUGAGGAUUGCGGAGUGCCGGGAAUGUGUUUAAAUGGAACGUGUAAAUUUCCUUGUGCAUCCAACGAAGACUGUUCAGGAAUGAUGAUGGUUUGCGAUAUGGCAAUGGGACAAUGUAUACACAAUGAUACAGGGCCUUGGGACUACGAAGGUUCCGGAUAUUCGUCGUGUGAAGUGGACGAGGAUUGCGGAGUGCCGGGAAUGUGUUUAAAUGGAACGUGUAAAUUUCCUUGUGCAUCCAACGAAGACUGUUCAGGAAUGAUGAUGGUUUGCGAUAUGGCAAUGGGACAAUGUAUAUACAAUGAUACAGGGCCAUGGGACUACGAAGGUUCCGGAUAUUCGUCAUGUAUAGAAAUCAUAGGCUGCGGAAUGGGGUUUGUAUGUGUGAAUGGAACGUGUUAUCCUCAAUGCGCUUCCUACGAGGACUGUCCUGAUAAUUCGAUGGUUUGCGAUAUGGGAAUCUGUGUGUACAAUCAUUCGUGGUCCGGGAACGGAACGGGUUUUGAUGACCGGUGUUUCUUGUAUUGUGGCGAUGGAAACCAGUGCGAUCCUGAAAUGUAUUGCGACCCGCAGUCCUCCAUGUGUAAAUGCCUGAAUGGGGUGUUCGAUGGAAAUAUGUGUCGUGAUGUUCGAUUCGACGAAAACAACCCGACACCUUGUACUGAUAGUACCGCUUGCACACCAGGGAUGAUUUGCGAUAUGGGGAUAUGUGUUUGUGGCGAUCCGCUAGUUUACGACGAGGUCACGUUCCAGUGUAGAGAUCGAGAAUACUACGACAUGUGCAAUGAAAAUGAGGACUGCGAGAACAUCAUGGGAGGGGGAUGGUGUGAUCAUUCGAAGUGCCCGGCCCUCUGUAUGGAGAUUCACUAUACAUAUGAAGACAACGACUGCGUAAAGGAAUGCAACCACAGCAGCGAGUGCGAGCUCCCCGGAUCAGUAUGUAACCCCACCUGGUCUCAAUGUGAGUGCGAGGAACCACUCAUAUUCGAUGGAAGCAGUUGCAUUGACCAAAGAAGUACACUACCAUCGACGCUCUGCACUAAUGCCAUUGAUUGCCAAGGUGUCCCAGGGGCAUAUUGUGUAUCAGGCAGUUGUGCAUGCAACAGAUCCGAGACGUUCAUGCAUGACGCUUGUGUUCCAAGAGGGCCCGGUGACAUUUGUAAUGCUGUAGGCGACUGCGGUGGCACCCCUGGAAUUUACUGUGACAUGAAUAUGUGUCCACCAAUCUGCAAGUCUGGUAAUGAGAGCAACGAACAAGGGUCAGGCGAUAAGCAAGGAAAUAUCUGGAAUACGAUCUACCAGCCCUGCAACUCACCAUUGGACUGUCAUGAGGACCUGGUCUGCAUGAAUGACUCUUGCCAGUGCCUGGAAAACAGUCAGUUCGACUAUAAUGCAGCCCAGUGCGUUGUACAACAAGAUACUAUUAUGGGUUCGAUCUACACGCCGUGCAACUCAUCCUCAGACUGCCACGAGGACUUGGACUGCAAAUAUGGCCUUUGCCUGUGCCCGGAACACAGUGAGGUUGACUAUACUGCAUACAAGUGCAUAUUCACACAAGGUUAUUGUCGAGAGAAUCAGGACUGCGAUGCCUACCUACCGAAUUCUGAAUGUACCGAAGGAGUUUGCGGCUGCCCGAAGAAGCACGAGCAAACAGCCACAGGAUGCAAUCCUAUAACAGUUUUAUACCAAGCAUGCGCUUCGGACCUUCCCUGCAAGAUGGUUGAGCAUGCGCAUUGUAACGCUUUCGGUGAAUGUGGUUGUUCAGCAGGCUUUGUAAACGACGGAAACGACGGAUGUGUCGAGGUCCUUGGCUCUAAUUGUACAUCUGACGAGAUGUGUUCGCCUGCACAAGGAAUAUGCGAAUUCGGCGUAUGUGUCUGUGAUCCAGUGCUAUUUGAAUGGAAUGGUUUUUGUUACACUGACCAAGGGUGUGCGGAUUAUGUCGAAGAAUUACCAGACAUUGACCGGAGAUCUACAAACUACCAUGCGGGCUUGCGGGAACUCCUAAUUUCUGACCUUCACGCCUGGGACGAGACGAAACGGUUCAACAUUGGGCCGCGUAUGCUUGCCGUUGGUGACGCACCAGUGGGCUCCUGUGCCACGAAAUUUCCAGUUACAAUGACAGAAGCAAUUAUGACCGAAAUGGCGGAUGGAGAAACUUUACAAAAAAAUGUUACGAUCCGUGGCAUUGAUGACGAAAUACCGGUAAACAUUCAAAAAUGCGGCCCUAAUUUCCACGUAGAACUGCCUUCUCCACCCAUUGCAUUUGCCGCAUACUGUCUAAACAGUGGACCAACCUCUCAAACAGAACCAUUGGAAACGGCACGUGUUGCGUAUGUCAAUCAGCAUCUGUACUUUAUCGAAGACAUGGCAACCUAUGUCCCGAAGCUUGCCUUUUCCUGUGAUGCAAGCUCAUACAAUACAGGAGAUGAAAGCCUAGAUGAUGGCUACUACUAUGUAGUAAAUUGGUAUAUUGACAACGUCCAUUGCCAUACAUACGGGCCUGUACGAAAACAAGCAUGGAUAAAUGCAACACUUACCGAAGACGACAUGGCAGAGUACUGCAGUAUUGCGCAUCUUGGAUUUGAACUGCGGUGCUCCUAUUCAUGGUCAGAGUCAUUAUUCGAUGUUGGGUCACAACUGGUUACAAGUCCUACUAUCUUCGUAGGAGAAUCAAAGCGAACAGUAGCCGUGUAUGACAAUGUAUGGAAGCACCCUAUUCUGACCAUCUUCAACACGCCUAUUGGCUGCAAAGGAAACUCAUCUGAAUUGUUUUGUGAUCUUGAAUUUAAAUUAAAAUCCGGCGAAACGUGUCCGCCCGUGGCCGGUGGUUCCGAUGAUGCCAGGUGUGGAGUACGCUUCAGAGGCCUUACAAAGACUGGGCUUGACUUUUUCGGCAGCUGGGCUAAUUUCCAAUACAGUCUGAUGCAAGGAGGAUUCUUUGACACAUACACGUUCGUUCCGGUGAAUACUACUGGCGGCUAUCACACCAUUGACGCAAUGAACGACGACGAUGUGUUUACGGAGGAAUUUUGCCAACCGGUGCCAGCAAUAGAACAAGAACAUGGUCUUUGGGACAGCUACACAUGGCCCCCAAUUAAACUUUUCAAAGCAAAAGAGGAUAAGAAAAUUACUUGCUCGGUAGGAUGGGACAACGAGAGAAACUUACCAGUCAUGAGGAAAAUCAAUGAAAUAGGUUUUGAGGCCAAUUAUUACGCGUUAGACAUAAACGAAGUUGGGGAGUACCUGAGUGUAAAAAGUGCAACCAAACCGGUCGAGGCCCAGAUUAAAACUAAACCAUGCACUACAUCAACCAACGGUGUAUGUGUAUGCGCUUUUACGUACCGGGAUGGCAACAAAAUCUACACCGUUGAUAUUUGUGACGAUGUAACGCGAGAUGGUUUCACGUUUGUCGGCGAUGAUGAAGAUGAAAGCACUGAACGAAACUACGACAACUAUGGUCGAGUUUCAAACGGAUUUGAGGGUUAUGUGGAAAUCGAUUAUGCAACCGGUUCAUUGAUUAUUAACAUCACGGAACAGCAUAGCAAUGAGGCUUUCGCGGAUCUUGACGGUCUUUGCUCAUUUGAGAGCUUCUUCAAAGACAGAUCAGGAUUAAUUAAAUCUACCAGUGAUGGAUUUAUGGACGCAUGGCAGCUUGGCCCUCAAGAGAGUUUAUAUGAUCCAAACACCUCCCCUACCCUGUACAGCUACAACGAGAACUACUUCAAAUGCGGCUGUCCACAAGUUGGAGACAUUCCCAAUGAACCGGACUAUGUUGAAUAUGCAGGACAAUGGGUUAUGGCAAAUUUUACGAGCGGCGCAAAGUGCGAUACGAGUUCUCCGUAUGAAAUUCAACACUCAGGAGAAGAAUGGCUCCCUGUUAACGAUAAUCCGUUAAUUCCGAGUGAAGUUAACUUUGAAAGUUAUCUUAUUGAAAAUAAUGGAACGUUUACCAGAUACGUGUCGUGUGAAUUCGAAGGAUAUAAUGACACGCAAAGCUAUGAGUUUAACUGGUAUGCGGAUGGUCAGCAAGUAGCAGUUACACAGACACAUUCCAUUCCCAGCGAGACCUUAUAUAGUUCGUACAAAGCUACUUUCUCCGGCACUGGAUGCGCUAUCAACAUAGAGUGGCAAUGCGCAGUGACAGUGGUGGACGUUAACCAGACUGUACACACAAUCUAUAGCGACUCAUCCAGAAUUGUUAACCUCGAAGAUAAGACAGUUCAUAUGAGCCGAGGUGGAAUCGGCUAUAUCACUGUUUCAAUCAACGUAGCUCUUGUUUGUAACAACGGACAGACCUGUGGUCUCAAUCUCAAAGUGUAUGACCCUGAAGACUCACAUGAUUGUACAAACGCAUCGAUAGCCGUCAAGCAUGCUUCCAUGUGCGGUGACAUUAUCUAUGGUAGGUCAUCUCUGCCAGCCAACUCAACAGUCCACGAGAUUAAGAUAGUUUCUAAGAACAACAACUGGUAUCAAUUGAAAGAUACGUUCAAACUGAAGGUUAGAGUUGAACCUUUUGGACAGGUGGAUUCAUUCUUCGAAAACGACUGUGAUAUAGACAGUGAGAUCCAGGUGAAAGUGUGGGACAGCGCAGAUGCUUCUUCUUGGAUGGGGGCUGUUUGUUACUCCAAUAAUGACCCAAGGAUUCUCACGUUCGACCAAUUGAAAUACAGUAUAAUCCAGACAGUGGGAUGGUUCACAAUGUACAAGCACAAACACUUUCCUGUAUCGGUCGAAAUUGAGGUGGAGACUUGCAUGGGAGGAUUUGGGGCGUGUACUUGCGGGGCAACUGUCAGGGCUGGAAGGGAUGUGUACACUAUAUCGCACUGUGGGGGCGACCAUAUGAACAAAGCUUUGCAGUCGGAAGACAACGUUCUGAGUGUAUGUGAAGAAAGGGGAUAUAGAAAUACGAUUUAUCUUCCACACGGAACCACGGUAAUGAUUAGCUAUGUGAUGACACCUUGGUGGAACACAAUGGAUGUUAUGAUAUUCCCAUCGCCCGACGACGUUAACAACGUUGAAGGUCUGUGUGGCAAUUUCAACGGCGAAUGGCAGGACGAUUGGCAAGCACCAGAUGGAUCGACGGCAGGCACGCCCUUCUCCGACUAUGUUGACCCCUGGGAAGAGUGGUUUGCGGGAAGAGACCCAGAGCCCAAUGCUUUCCUGGACGCCUGGAUCGUUCCCGUUCCAUUGGCAACCGAUGCUGGAUACGAAACCCUGCCGAACCUCGAACCGUGGGACGACAACGAAAAUCUAUGCAUUUGUCCAAAAACGUCAGGGCAAGUUGGUGAACCUUUGUGCAGUAAGAGGGAAGAUAAAACGUGUAUUAACCGGCCUUCGAGUGCGACCCGUAAGUGCAGCAAAGAGUUGCAAUUAGCAGAUAACAGGAGAAAAAGAUCGGUCGAAGAGGACUACGAUGUUAAGGCCAGACUCCUGCAACAUCUGGAGCUAAGACAGAAAAAUACUAAACGUUUUAAGAGACAAACCGCUGACCUCACACUUACCCUGGCAGAGAAUGAAAUCGUCAAAGAGAACUGUCGGACGUACAUGGACUCCAGCUGCCCGACCAACGAUUUGACGGACCCCAAAAAUACUUCUGAGUCUAACUUCCAGGACUGUGUCGCAGACGCGCGUAUUCUAAUGGCAAGUAACCAAUCUGGUGAUAGCGCCGCCAAAGCUGCAUGUACAUCUAGUGAAAGUAUACUUUCUACCAGCGUCAGCAAGAAUACAACUCAAAAGGAGGAAUUAAAGGAGAAGGCCCCGGAAGAGUACGAGAAGCUGACCACUAAAACAUGUGGAGGAUGUAACGAUGGCGAAUGUGUUAACAAUGAGUGUGUAUGUAACGAUCCGAACUUUGACAGCAGCACUAAUUGUAUGCUGGACAAAAGAACGAAACCUAGUAUCCAAACCGUCGAUGGAGGCAACAGUUGCAAUCCGAAGAACAAGUCUUGCAAUUCCUUGAAAGUUACAACCGCGAACGGAUGUGCCGAAUCGCCCUCCGUAAAAUACAACAAAAUCGAGUUCAUGUCGGACAAUACAACACGAACUACGACGGACAACGUCCAAUCAUGCACGUGUUCAGGGGGCUUUGAUGUGGAGUGCACGAUUGAUGUUACAACCAGCAGAAGGAGAAGACAAGCGUCCAGUGCAACAUCACUGGGAACUCAGAUUGACGCGUCCAUCAGCAACGACGGUACCACCUACAGCGACAGCACCUCCAUCAUCGUGCUUGAUACAACCUGUUUGACGUUGGACGCAGCAUCAAAUACCGUCACGUUGGAUACCAACUACUGUCUGAUAGACGCGGUUUGUGUUUCGGAUCAGGACACGUCCUCUGGCGGCUGCUACAUCUGUGACAGGGCCACAGACGCAUUCUCUUGGACAAUAGCUAGCCAAUGGUGUGUGGUCGACAGUGUGUGUCAUGGCAAUUGGUCCACGAAAUCUACGAACGAGUUUUGUAUGGAGUGUGACCCGGGAACCAGCAAGACAGACUGGACCCAGCAGGCGGACACAUGCAAUGUUAACAGUAUGUGUUACAACAACGGCGGGGAGCUCGCGUCCCAGACAUGUCAGUACUGUGACAGCAGCCUUGACACUACUGCGUUCACCUUGAAGACUGGGUACUGCUUUAUCAGUGACAGUUGCUAUGCAGACGACACUGAAAACCCGUCUAACGAAUGCCAGUUUUGUAACAUCACUGAAAGCACUAGCGAAUGGCAAGAUAACGACGAAGACGACGAAUGCAAGCCGAAGGAGAGCGAUGGUGUCUCAGGUGGGGUCAUCGCCGCCGCUGUUAUCGUGCCCCUGCUAGUUGUUGGUGGCGUUGGAGCAGCGAUCUUCUUCUACAAGUCUCAGCAAAAGCGAAAAAUCAUGCGAUUAAGAACGGAAGGUGGUUUAUUCGACGACACGAAGAACACACAUUUCAAGAUGCGCGUAUCGCCACCCCCGCCUGAGAAGACUUUCAUCCCGCCCAUGCCCUACAAUACUCCGAAACAAACUGUGGAUCCAAACAGUGUGAACGCCCCUGACAACUUGUACACAGACGGAUCUAGGGAGAACCUACUUUCCACUGUACCAGCGCCGGCACCCAUGCUUCCAGCACCUCCUGUCUUCGGCGGAUCACCCGCUACACCUGUCGUCAGUAGCUCUUCGCCAGCCCCUCCUUUGUUUACCGGAAUUUCUGGCACCACCAACCUGGCCGUUAACGGAUCUCCCAGCACACCGGCACGGAAUGGCUCUUCCCCGUCCCUUAGAGGAAAUGGCAGUUCCUCCGCACUUCCGGACGUGGAGAACUCGUCAACGCCUGUAUUUACCCCAAGGAAUGAACUCACUCCUGGAGUCACCCCAAGGAAUGAGUCCGGCGUCACCUUGAGCAUCAACGAUGAAACUGUUGAUUAGAUAUUUAGUGUUGAAACAAACUGUAUAUAUAUUAAACAAGUUUAGAACACAGUUAUAACAUCCUGCUGGUAAAAUAGUAAUAAUAUCUUGGAGUUUUUAUGUCUUUCUUAAGUCAUUGUUUCUUUAAAUCAACAUUGUUUUAUCUUUAAAUAAGGAUUAGUUUAUUUCUUACUGUUACUUAGUAGUUAUGUUUAUAUUUAAUGUUGAAGACAAUAUAUUUUACGUAUGUGGCAAAAGGCAGGUCCUUUUGUGAAAAAAUAAGCUUUCGUUUCGAUACUUUGAAGGAUAUAUUGCAAAACGUGGAAUAACAAUAGAGUCGAAACUCGCUAUGUCGAAUUCUGUUAUCUCGAUGUUCUGGGUAUUACGAACUAUUUUUCAAAAGAAUUUGGUUAAGUUAUAACCUCUCUUCAUAAUUCAGUUAUCGAACAUUCGAUUACUCGAAGUACUUCCCGAGGUCCCACGACUUCGAUAUAACGAGUUUUGACUGUAUAACGAUCAAUUCACUGUUAAAACAGUUUUGCAUCCAUCCGGUCUUUGAUACUCUAUCGCUUGUAAACAUUUAGGGACUGGGGAUUUAAAGGGGACUCACUGUGCCAAUUAUUUAUUGCCUUCGAUUAAAAAGAAGAUCGGAAAAACAUUUUUUAAACUUUAUUGGGGCAAUAAAGGAGCUUAUAAGAAUUAUUAAUUUUUAAUGUAAGGCAAUCCCAAAAGAAUCAAAAUUCCUUGAAAUUUUAAACCUUCAAAACGUUUCCAAAGUAUAAAUGUCAACACGACUAAAGAAAAAUAAAUAAAAAUAAUGUGUGUUAUCAUCCAUGUGCCAUUUUAGUUUAGAAAUCAAUUCUGUAUUAAAAAUUAACAAGAUACAAACAUCAUGUGUAAUCAAAGUAAUAGUUCAUUAGAUUUUCUUACAAUUUUCUGAUUUUGUGAUUAACAUCUUUUACAAUAGAUAUUCUAUUUUUAGGUGUAUGUGCUUUUUAUAACUAUGUACAUUAAUCUGCUAAGAUAUUUUUGUGAUAUUAUUGAUUUUUUUAAUUAUUGGGAUUUUCCAAAACAAUAUUUACAAUAUUCGAACACAAAUUCAUAAUAUUUUAGCCCAAUUGAUAUCGAAAUAGUAUGAUAUUAUUCGUUUGAUUCUAUCAACUUUUUCUUUUAUUAUGUCUUUUUAUUUCACUUUUGUUUUCACUUUUGAGUGCACAAAAGCCAGUCUGAUCAAUUUCCUAUUAAAAGAACACAUUGAAAUUUAGAAAUGACGUUCGUGGUUGAGAAAUAGUGAAGAUGAAAACAAACCAGAUUUCACAGUGACAAUUGUACCAUUUUUUGAAGAAAAAAAGUAAAUUGUGAUACCUUAUUUAUGGGAAUUUAUUAAAUACAACUGUAAAGAAAAUAUGAACACAAAGCAAAUCGCCAUACAAAUAACCAUCGUAUACACAUUGGAAUGUUGGAAUGUUGUUUCAAAUAUUAUUAUUUUGUUUAAAUUAAACAAAUCAACUGGCA